CCGCGGAAGGGAUGAUCCGGGCGGCGCUCGGCUGGGCUCGCUGCUAAACGCGCCUCCAUCCCUCCCUCCCUCCUCUUCUCCCUCCCUCUUUCUCUCUCUUGCUCUCUCUCUCUCUCUCUCGGCUCUCCUCCUCCCUAACUCACUGGAUAUUACCAGCCGCCGGGCUCGCCGCCGCCUCUCCCCCAGCCAUGAAUCCCGCCGAAGGGGCGGCGGAGGAAGGCGCUGUCCCCGACUCCGAGGUGGAUGCUUUCUUCCGAACAGGUUCUUUUCGAAAUGAUGGUUUAAAAGCUGCCGAUGUCCUUCCUAUACUCAAGGAGAAAGUGGCCUUUGUGUCAGGUGGCCGUGAUAAACGAGGUGGUCCUGUCUUGACCUUCCCAGCCCGCAGCAAUCACGACAGAAUAAGGCAGGAAGACCUUCGGAAACUUGUGACUUAUUUGGCCAGCGUGCCAAGCGAAGAUGUUUGUAAACGAGGAUUCACUGUAAUUAUCGAUAUGAGGGGAUCCAAAUGGGAUUUGAUCAAGCCUCUCCUAAAGACCCUUCAAGAAGCCUUUCCUGCCGAGAUCCACGUUGCGCUGAUUAUAAAACCUGAUAAUUUCUGGCAGAAGCAGAAAACGAACUUUGGCAGUUCCAAGUUCAUCUUUGAGACAAGUAUGGUAUCUGUUGAAGGCCUGGCAAAACUCGUAGAUCCUUCUCAACUGACAGAUGAGUUUGAAGGGUCCUUGGAUUACAACCACGAUGAAUGGAUAGAGUUGCGUGUCUCCUUGGAAGAGUUUUUCAACAGUGCCAUCCAUUUACUAUCAAGGCUGGAGGAUCUCCAGGAAAUGUUGGCUAGGAAGGAGUUUCCAGUUGAUGUUGAGGGCUCGAGAAGGCUGAUCGAUGAGCACACGCAGCUUAAGAAGAAAGUGAUUAAAGCUCCUGUGGAAGAACUGGAUCGUGAGGGUCAGAGGUUAUUACAAUGCAUCAGAUGCAGUGAUGGUUUUUCUGGUAGGAACUGCAUUCCUGGAAGUGCAGAUUUUCAAAGUCUUGUGCCAAAGAUCACCAGCCUUUUAGACAAGCUGCAUUCUACCCGCCAGCACUUGCAUCAGAUGUGGCAUGUCCGCAAGUUGAAACUGGACCAGUGCUUUCAACUCCGGCUUUUUGAGCAAGAUGCUGAGAAGAUGUUCGACUGGAUCAGCCACAACAAAGAAUUGUUCCUGCAGAGUCACACGGAGAUCGGCGUGAGCUACCAACAUGCACUUGACCUGCAGACGCAGCACAAUCACUUUGCCAUGAAUUCCAUGAAUGCCUAUGUCAACAUCAAUCGGAUCAUGUCUGUGGCAUCGAGGCUUUCCGAGGCAGGCCAUUAUGCUUCCCAGCAAAUUAAACAGAUAUCUAGCCAGCUGGAUCAAGAGUGGAAGAGUUUUGCUGCAGCUCUGGAUGAGCGCAGCACCAUCUUGGCCAUGUCUGCUGUCUUUCACCAGAAAGCUGAACAGUUCCUUUCAGGUGUGGAUGCCUGGUGCAAAAUGUGCAGUGAAGGAGGCCUCCCCUCAGAAAUGCAAGACCUGGAAAUGGCCAUCCAUCAUCAUCAGACCCUAUAUGAACAAGUGACACAGGCCUACACAGAGGUGAGCCAGGAUGGAAAAGCCUUGCUGGAUGUCCUACAGCGUCCCUUGAGCCCUGGGAAUUCUGAAUCCCUCACUGCUACUGCAAAUUAUUCCAAAGCUGUUCACCAGGUGUUGGACGUGGUACAUGAAGUCCUGCAUCACCAGAGGCGGCUUGAGAGCAUCUGGCAACACAGAAAGGUCCGGCUACAUCAAAGGCUGCAACUCUGCGUUUUCCAGCAGGAUGUUCAACAGGUACUGGACUGGAUUGAAAAUCAUGGGGAAGCCUUUCUGAGUAAACAUACAGGAGUGGGGAAGUCUCUCCACAGAGCACGUGCGCUGCAGAAAAGACAUGAUGAUUUCGAAGAGGUAGUACAGAAUACAUAUACCAAUGCAGACAAGCUUUUGGAGGCUGCAGAGCAGUUGGCUCAGACUGGGGAAUGUGACCCUGAAGAGAUCUAUAAAGCAGCUCGGCAUCUGGAAGUACGGAUUCAAGACUUUGUCCGGAGGGUGGAACAGAGGAAACUUCUCUUGGACAUGUCAGUCUCCUUUCAUACCCACACCAAAGAGCUGUGGACAUGGAUGGAAGAUCUGCAGAAGGAGCUCUUAGAGGAUGUCUGUGCUGACUCUGUGGAUGCGGUUCAGGAGCUUAUCAAACAGUUUCAGCAGCAACAAACAGCCACCUUGGAUGCUACCCUCAAUGUUAUUAAAGAAGGGGAAGAUCUAAUCCAGCAGCUCAGGGACUCUGCCGUUUCCAACAAUAAGACUCCACACAAUAGCUCCAUCAGCCACAUCGAAUCUGUCCUUCAGCAGCUCGACGAGGCCCAGGUACAGAUGGAAGAGCUCUUCCAUGAGAGGAAGAUUAAGCUAGACAUUUUCCUUCAGCUCCGGAUUUUUGAACAGUACACUAUUGAGGUUACAGCAGAGUUAGAUGCCUGGAAUGAAGAUCUGCUGAGACAAAUGAAUGAUUUCAAUACCGAAGACCUCACUCUGGCUGAGCAGCGUUUGCAGCGUCACACCGAGCGGAAGUUGGCCAUGAACAAUAUGACCUUUGAAGUCAUCCAGCAAGGGCAAGAUUUACAUCAAUACAUCAUGGAGGUCCAGGCUUCAGGCAUUGAGCUGAUCUGUGAAAAAGAUAUUGAUCUUGCGACACAGGUUCAAGAACUGCUGGAAUUCCUCCAUGAGAAACAGCACGAGCUGGAGCUUAAUGCUGACCAAACGCACAAGCGGUUAGAGCAGUGCCUACAGCUCCGGCACCUCCAGGCUGAAGUCAAGCAGGUGCUUGGCUGGAUCAGGAAUGGUGAAUCAAUGCUGAAUGCAAGCCUUGUCAAUGCAAGCUCCCUCUCUGAAGCUGAGCAACUCCAGCGAGAGCAUGAGCAGUUUCAGCUGGCCAUAGAGUCCCUCUUUCAUGCCACUUCCUUACAGAAGACACACCAGAGUGCCCUGCAGGUCCAGCAGAAAGCUGAAGUGUUGCUUCAGGCUGGGCAUUAUGAUGCUGAUGCUAUCAGAGAGUGUGCCGAAAAGGUGGCCCUGCACUGGCAGCAGCUGAUGCUGAAGAUGGAGGACAGGCUCAAACUUGUCAAUGCCUCAGUGGCCUUCUAUAAAACCUCUGAGCAGGUGUGCAGUGUAUUAGAGAGUUUGGAGCAAGAGUACAGACGGGAUGAAGACUGGUGUGGAGGUCGAGAUAAGCUUGGACCAGCAGCUGAGAUAGACCACGUCAUCCCUCUGAUCAGCAAACAUCUGGAGCAGAAGGAGGCAUUUCUCAAGGCCUGUACACUGGCACGAAGGAAUGCCGAGGUGUUCCUCAAGUACAUCCAUAGGAACAAUGUCAGCAUGCCUGGAGUAGCAAGCCAUACAAGGGGGCCCGAGCAGCAAGUGAAAGCCAUUCUGAGCGAGCUGCUGCAGAGGGAGAACCGGGUCCUUCACUUCUGGACCUUGAAGAAGAGGAGAUUAGAUCAGUGCCAACAAUACGUCGUUUUUGAGCGCAGUGCCAAGCAGGCCUUAGACUGGAUCCAAGAAACAGGCGAAUAUUACCUCUCUACUCACAACUCCACAGGGGAAUCAGCAGAAGAAACUCAGGAACUCCUGAAGGAAUAUGGGGAAUUCAGAGUACCUGCCAAGCAAACAAAAGAGAAAGUGAAGCUCCUCAUCCAGCUGGCUGACAGCUUUGUAGAAAAAGGACACAUACACGCCACUGAAAUUAGGAAGUGGGUGACCACCGUUGACAAACGCUACCGGGACUUCUCUCUCAGGAUGGGCAAAUACCGCUACUCCCUGGAAAAAGCCCUUGGGAUCAAUACAGAGGACAACAAGGACCUAGAACUAGAUAUUAUUCCAGCAAGUCUUUCAGAUCGGGAGGUAAAGCUGCGAGACGCAAAUCAUGAAGUCAAUGAAGAGAAAAGGAAGUCUGCCAGAAAGAAAGAAUUCAUUAUGGCUGAGCUGCUUCAGACAGAAAAAGCUUAUGUCAGAGACUUACAUGAAUGUUUAGAGACUUACCUUUGGGAAAUGACAAGUGGAGUGGAAGAAAUACCCGCUGGCAUCCUUAAUAAAGAACACAUCAUCUUUGGCAAUAUUCAGGAGAUAUAUGACUUUCAUAACAACAUUUUUCUAAAAGAACUAGAGAAAUACGAACAACUGCCUGAGGAUGUGGGCCACUGCUUCGUCACCUGGGCAGACAAAUUUCAGAUGUAUGUCACCUACUGUAAAAACAAGCCUGACUCCAACCAGCUCAUCCUGGAACAUGCAGGGACCUUCUUUGAUGAAAUUCAGCAAAGACACGGUCUGGCCAACUCUAUCUCUUCUUAUUUAAUCAAGCCUGUCCAGAGGAUCACAAAAUAUCAACUCCUACUGAAGGAGCUGCUGACCUGCUGCGAGGAGGGCAAAGGGGAACUCAAAGAUGGUCUGGAAGUGAUGCUCAGUGUCCCAAAGAAGGCGAACGACGCAAUGCACGUCAGCAUGCUGGAAGGGUUUGAUGAGAACCUGGAUGUCCAAGGAGAGCUGAUUCUUCAGGAUUCCUUCCAAGUGUGGGAUCCCAAAUCUCUCAUUCGGAAAGGCCGUGAGAGGCAUUUGUUUCUCUUUGAAAUCUCUUUGGUGUUUAGCAAAGAGAUCAAAGAUUCUUCAGGACACACAAAAUAUGUUUACAAGAACAAGCUACUGACCUCAGAACUGGGAGUAACCGAACAUGUUGAAGGAGACCCCUGUAAAUUUGCUUUGUGGUCUGGACGAACACCAUCCUCAGACAAUAAAACAGUGCUGAAAGCAUCCAGUAUUGAAACAAAACAGGAAUGGAUCAAAAAUAUCCGGGAAGUCAUUCAAGAAAGGAUUAUCCACCUGAAAGGAGCUCUGAAAGAGCCAAUUCAGCUCCCCAAGACACCAGCAAAGCAACGAAACAACAGUAGAAGAGAUGGAGUAGAUGAUGCAGAUAGCCAAGGAGACGGCAGCAGUCAACCUGACACCAUUUCCAUUGCGUCCAGGACAUCCCAGAACACGGUGGACAGCGAUAAGCAUUUCGUCUACGGCAGAGACACAGGACAGUUGUCUGGAGGGUGUGAACUAACCGUGGUGCUCCAGGACUUCACAGCAGGCCACAGCAGCGAGCUGAGCAUUCAGGUGGGGCAGACGGUGGAGCUGCUGGAGAGGCCGAGCGAAAGGCCAGGCUGGUGCUUGGUGCGGACGACAGAGCGCAGCCCGCCUCAGGAGGGGCUGGUCCCCAGCAGCGCGCUCUGCAUCUCCCACUCCCGCAGCAGCGUGGAGAUGGAUUGCUUCUUCCCUUCAGGAAAAGAUGCAUAUUCAGUCUCUUCUAAUGACAACGGGGGCAAGACUGACUCAGUGGCCAACUUACAACCUCAGCCAUCCCUCAACUCCAUCCAGAGCUCUCCUGGCCCCAAGCGCUCAACCAACACCCUGAAGAAAUGGCUGACCAGCCCUGUGCGCCGCCUGAACAGCGGCAAGGCCGAGAGCAACAUCAAGAAGCAAAAGAAGGUGCGGGAUGGCAGGAAGAGCUUCGACCUCGGCUCCCCGAAGACCAGCGAUGAAACCACUCCUCAAGGAGACAGCGCUGAUGAGAAGAGCAAGAAGGGCUGGGGAGAAGAUGAACCAGAUGAAGAGUCUCACACACCUCUUCCUCCUCCUAUGAAGAUUUUUGACAAUGAUCCAACCCAAGAUGAGAUGACCCUUGAAGGAGGAUCUUACCGAGGAAGCUUAAAAGAUGCCACUGGCUGCUUAAAUGAAGGAAUGACGCCUUCGACUCCCCCACGAAACCUUGAAGAGGAACAAAAAGCCAAAGCAAUGAGGGGCAGGAUGUUUGUCUUAAAUGAGCUGGUACAGACCGAAAAAGACUACGUCAAAGACUUGGGAACUGUUGUGGAGGGCUUCAUGAAGAGGAUAGAAGAAAAAGGAGUUUCUGAAGACAUGAAAGGGAAAGACAAGAUUGUAUUUGGCAAUAUUCACCAGAUCUAUGACUGGCACAAAGACUUUUUCCUGGCCGAACUGGAAAAAUGUCUUCAAGAACCAGAGCGUUUAGCACAGCUUUUUAUUAAGCAUGAGCGGCGAUUACACAUGUAUGUGGUAUAUUGCCAAAACAAGCCACGAUCUGAAUAUAUCGUAGCUGAGUAUGAAGCAUACUUUGAGGAGGUCCAGCAGGAAAUAAGCCAACGACUAACCAUCAGCGACUUUCUCAUCAAACCUAUUCAAAGAAUAACUAAAUAUCAGCUUCUCCUCAAGGACUUCCUGAGGUACAGUGAAAAAGCUGGUCUGGAGUGCUCUGACAUAGAGAAAGCAGUUGAAUUAAUGUGCCUUGUACCGAAACGUUGCAAUGACAUGAUGAACCUGGGUCGCCUCCAAGGGUUUGAGGGCAAACUGACAGCUCAAGGCAAGCUGCUGCAGCAGGACACCUUCUACGUGACAGAGCAGGAUUCUGGGGUUCAGUCUCGACCGAAGGAGCGUAGGGUGUUUCUCUUUGAGCAAAUUGUGAUCUUCAGUGAACUCCUCAGGAAAGGAUCUUUAACACCAGGCUACAUGUUCAAGAAAAGCAUAAAGAUGAACUAUCUUAUCAUUGAAGAAAACGUGGACAGUGACCCCUGCAAGUUUGCUUUAAUGAGCCGGGAAACAUCAGAAAGAGUCAUUUUACAGGCAGCUAACCCAGAAAUCCAACAAGCUUGGGUACAGGACAUCAACCAGGUCCUGGACACACAAAGAGAUUUCCUCAAUGCGCUGCAGUCUCCCAUAGAGUACCAACGCAAAGAAAGUAGCUCAGCCGUGCUGAGGCCUCAGACCGGCCGGGUCCCUCAGCCCAACAGCAGACCCUAUUCUUCUGUUCCAGUAGGGUCUGAGAAGCCUUUGAAGGCUACAAGCCGUAACCCAUCUCUCCCACCCCUGAAGAUAUCUACCUCCAACGGCAGCACAGGGUAUGAACACUCACAGCCUGGAGACAAGUAUGAACAAAGCAAGACUGAUUUGGGAGGGUGCAAUGGGACCUCUUCCAUGGUGGUGAUUAAAGACUACUACGCACUGAAGGAGGAUGAGAUCUGUGUGAAUCAAGGAGAGGUGGUUCAAAUCCUUGCCAUCAACCAGCAGAACAUGUUCCUGGUGUACCAGCCUGCAAACGACCGCUCUCCGGCCGCCGAGGGAUGGAUCCCUGGCAAUAUCUUGGCUCCCCUCACUAAAUCCACCACAGAUAGUAGCGACGGAAGCAUCAAGAAGUCAUGUUCAUGGCAUACCCUGCGCAUGAGAAAGCGGGCGGAAAAGGAGAGCAGUGGCAAAAAUGAAGCCAAUGGGCCACGUAAAUCCAAGGAUAUUCUGGGCAACAAAGUCUCUGUUAAAGAGACAAACAGCUCAGAGGAAUCAGAGUGUGAUGACCUUGACCCCAAUACUAGCAUGGAGAUAAUCAACCCCAAUUUCAUCCAAGAAGUGGCUCCAGAGUUCCUGGUGCCGUUGGUGGACAUCACCUGCCUGCUGGGGGACACGGUGAUGCUGCAGUGCAAAGUCUGCGGCCGGCCCAAACCCACUGUCACCUGGAAAGGACCAGACCAAAACAUCCUUGACAAUGACAACAGCACAGCUGCUUACACUGUGUCAUCCUGUGACUCUGGGGAGCUCACCUUGAAGAUUUGCAAUGUGAUGCCUCAGGACAGUGGCAUUUACACCUGUGUGGCAACCAACGAACAUGGAACUGCCUCAACCUCUGCCACCAUCAAAGUCCAAGGUGUCCCAGCUGCCCCAAACCGCCCCAUUGCUCAGGAGAGAAGCUGCACCUCUGUGAUCCUCCGCUGGCUACCCCCAUCCAGUACAGGCAAUUGCACCAUUUCUGGCUACACUGUGGAGUACAGAGAAGAAGGCUCACAGGUCUGGCAGCAGUCAGUAGCCUCCACUUUGGACACUUACCUCGUCAUUGAGGACCUGGCCCCGGGCUGCCAGUACCAGUUUCGAGUGAGUGCCAGCAAUCCCUGGGGCAUCAGCCUGCCCAGCGAGCCAUCCGAGUUCGUGAGGCUCCCGGAGUACGACUCUGCUGCUGAUGGUGCCACAAUUUCAUGGAAGGAAAACUUUGACCUUGCUUAUGCAGAACUGCACGAGAUUGGGAGGGGUCGAUUCUCUAUAGUGAAGAAGUGUGUGCACAAAGCCACUCGGAAAGACGUCGCCGUCAAAUUCAUCAGUAAGAAAAUGAAAAAGAAAGAGCAGGCAGCCCACGAGGCAGCUUUGUUACAGCACUUACAGCACCCUCAGUACAUCACUAUCCACGAUACCUACGAGUCUCCGACUUCUUACAUCUUAGUUUUGGAACUGAUGGAUGACGGUCGUCUCUUAGAUUAUCUAAUGAACCAUGAUGAACUUAUGGAGGAAAAAGUCGCUUUCUACAUCAGAGACACGAUGGAAGCCUUGCAGUACCUUCACAACUGCAGAGUGGCUCACUUAGACAUAAAGCCAGAAAAUCUGCUCAUUGAUUUAAGAAUCCCAGUACCUCGUGUCAAGAUCAUUGACUUGGAAGAUGCAGUUCAGAUCACGGGUCAUUACCACGUCCACCACCUCCUCGGGAACCCGGAGUUUGCAGCUCCUGAAGUUAUCCAAGGCCUUCCCGUCUCACUGAGCACAGAUAUCUGGAGCAUUGGGGUCCUCACCUACGUCAUGUUAAGCGGCGUCUCUCCGUUCCUGGACGAGAGCAGAGAGGAGACUUGUAUCAACGUGUGCAGAGUCGAUUUCAGCUUCCCCCCUGAGUACUUCUCCGACGUGAGUCACGCCGCCAGGGAUUUCAUCAACGUGAUCCUCCAGGAAGACUUCAGGAGGAGGCCAACAGCAGCCACUUGUUUACAGCACCCGUGGCUACAGCCUCACAACGGCAGCUACUCCAAGAUGCCGCUGGACACCUCGCGCUUGGCGUCCUUCAUUGAGCGCCGCAGGCACCAGUACGACGUGCACCCGCUCCCCGGCGUCAAGAGCUUCCUGAUGAGCAGCAGGCUGAGCCCAGGCACGUAACGGCCCGGCCCUGGGCUCCCCCACCCAGGCAGAGUGCGGAGAGCCAAAGCACGUCUCGCUGUACAUAGUCCCGUUUGCGGCUUCCCUACGUGCAGGGUACAGCUCGCAGUGGAGGUGGCAGCCCCUGCCCAGCUCCUGGGCACCUAAAUGGUGAUGGGUACCCGCUCCCUCUGUGAGCUCCCCUUGGGACACCUGGGAUUGUCGUAUCCACCACCAAAAGAAAGACUGCAGGAAGCAAACACCGACUGGAAACGAGAGCCAAAAUUGCAGUUGCCUUAAUCUUGGUGAGGCAGCCUUAUAAGAACAAAUCCUCUUGACCUUGCUGAACCCUUUUUCAACACAUCCGAGAGACUGGGAGUAGGAUAGUGGGGGGAGUGAGAUUAGGUUGCCACAGAGCUGGCCUGCAGGGGGGUUUUGCUGAAAUCAUUGCCAGCCUGCUGCAGGUUCACAGACGGAUUUUGCACACCCCAGUGCCCGGCUCUGCCCGGAUUUCAGUGGGGGCUGUGCCUGCCUAGGACAUGCAAGAUCAGGCCCUAGUCACUGCUGGGCCAGCUUCUGUGGUGGCAUGGCUUAGAUACACUCUCAUUGCCUGAUAGUCCUCGGGCCAACCCCCCCCACCCUGUUAUUCCUCGGGCUUUCUGCUGUGUCGAGGCAACGGGCAGCACCUUUAGGGGCUGCGAGGAGAGGCAACGGAUUGACUGGCGCGUACAGCUGGGUUUGACUAAGCACAAUGGGACCAUGAUGGGGGGUUUUUUUAAGAAAAGCAUUUUAUACACACUGUACAGAAAUCUUUUGCAAAACCUGUGCAUUGAGAAAAGGCCGUGUCCAAUUUUUGCAGUAUCUGUAAACUAGAUGACGACGACGAAGACAAUUUUUUUUCUAUCACAGGUUUUCCAGUAUACAUAUGUUGUAUCAUAUCUAUAAAUAUAUAUAUAUAUAUAUAUAUAUAAAGGAUCCUGUUCCAUUUCUAGCUUCAAAAUUGCUUGGCCCAAAGUCCAUCAGAGUGCUGAGUGGUAGGAGUGGUGAGUUCAUCCUUAUGCUUACAGCUUGAGAAUUGUUCCCAGUGUUUAAAGUAACAUCGCUUAUUUCAUUUCCAAACUUGUAAAUAUCUCCCUGCCGCCUUUAGCACCUCGUCACCAAAGCAUUCGUGAGGAUAUUUUUAUGUCCAAAGCCUGUUUUCUAAUAGAAUACAAAUUACAAUUAAAACAUUCCUCUCUUGCAAGCCAAGUUGCAACAUCAUCAUACUGAUGUUACAGUGAGGGAGCCAGCCUGAGGCGUGACCAAGGCAGGGAGCCUGCAGUGACAAAUCAGCACUUCGUAGGUUGGCUGAAUCUCCCUCUCUAGCAGUGAGACUGAGAGAGGAAACACCUCCCCGGCUGGGGCUUCCCCAUCCUGCUGCCUCACUGUAAAUCUCUACAGCCUUGUGGGGUAAGGAGCGAAGAGAUGGGUGUUUUAACCCCUGGCAUGCAAGCAAGCACUUUGGUGCUGAGUGCCCUUGCUGUGCUUGUAGUGGGAAACAUCAGUUGCUACCAAAGGUUUUCCUGGGGAAAAGGGCUUGAUCUGACCAUGUGUGCUCAGUAUAGACUCUCUUGUAAGAGGAAGAGUCUUAUUUUCAUGUACCAUCCAAGUAACUGCACUGUGAGCCUGCAAUGUAUCUGUGGCAGCAAAAGCUGUCUCUGCCAGCUCUGCAAGUACUGUUACAUCCUCAGGGCUCUGCUAGCCUGGCUUUUGAUCCACCUCCAAGCUCAGUUUCACGGCAGGCAGGAGACCUGGCCUUUCUCUUUGUGCUUGCUCUAUCAAUGUGCUGGAGUGAGCAGUAUUUUGCUAGUGGAGAAGAGAGAAGGCACAGCAAAAUAACACCCCUGCAAUGUUCAGCACCGUGUGCAUGCAAUACAGGCCCAGACCUCAUACAAGCCCAGACCUUGAAGUCAGGGAGCCACAGCCAGAGGGGUGGUGAGCUCAGGUGCCUGAGCAGAGUCUGAAGCAGCGUACGAGGCUGCGUGGCUGAUGGAGAGAGGGUCUAAGGCAGGGGGAAGUUGUGGAAAGGCUUGAAAGAGAUGGUGUUCACACAAGGCUAAACCUUCUGGAUCAGCUAGAACCUCUCUUAGUUCCCCUCUGUAGCGCAGCAGCUAAUUUUCUAAACAAUCAGCAGCACCUCUGAGACAAAGACCAGACUCUCAUCCCGAACAAGAGCGUGAAAUACGCCAUUCCUUAGCAACUGCAGCUUCUUCAGGCAGCAGUCAUCACGGGGUGUCUUUAAUUAGCACCAGCCUCAGGUACUUUCUCACUACAGGACUGUUUGUACUUCUUCCUAUUUGCCAGAGCUGGCUCUUUGUGCUGUGAUUGUGCUGCCCUUAAAAAAACAACAGUUUAUCAAAGUGUGGUUUAACCCACAGCUUUUAUUAGGCCUGUGGGUACAGUUUAAGCCACAGUCUUUCUCCUUGGCAUUAAUACAAACGAAUUCUCAUGUAUGACGUGAAAUCUGGAGUUAUUUAUUGUUUUCUUUUCCUACCUCCUGCGUUCACAUCUCAAACCGCAACGGCAGAUGCUUUGGAUGCACGGAGGGAAAAAGAUGGAUUGUUCAAAGGGAUAUUUAAGCCUCUCACCACUAGCAAAUAACAGGAAAAGCCCACCCAAAAGGCUGAAAGAAGAUACACCUUUAUGUAUUGGUGCUCAGAUUCAAGAGAUUCCUCCUCAAGGGAGAGCUGGAGGUGCUGAACUCUGAAGACUUUGAAUGUUAUGGGGUUGCUUUCCUUUAGGGUUCUGCUUUUCCCACCUUCACGUUGGGGAACUCCCCUUCCUGGGCACCAUUCUUGAAACAGCUCAUUCAGGAACAUUUGAGCCUGUCACCACUUCCAGAUACGUCUGAGACUACCAACCAUUCUUGCAUUUUCUCUCAAAGACUUUUUUUUUCUUGCCUGAAUAUCAUCAAGUUGACACAAAAUGCUGCUGUAUGACAGAGUUAAGUAUUCUGACCUUGCUCUCUCGAGGUCUUUUUGAGCCAAGCUGUGACCUCUCUACAGAUCCAACAGGUCCUAUAACUCUGUUGUAAACUGUGCUGUAAAGAGAUGAUGGGAGGAAGCUCAGUAAGGAGGUUUGGAGUGAGAAGCACCACAGCCAACCCCCUUGGCAGCAUUUCCAGCUACUGGGCUUUUUUUUGUGCAUGAAAUGUUGCCCGUGACAUGGCUGGAACAUCCAGGGUUUGAGACUUUACUAUUUUAAAGUAAUCCAGGCUUUAAAAUCUAGGAAAUUUCUCUCUUCCUACUUGUACCAACAAGUUUGGUACAAGGUUGGUACAAGUACUUGUACCCACCUUGCUUAGUCUUACUACCCUGCUGUUUUAAAUCGAUUUCUUUCAGUAACAUUUAUCUUUAAGAUCAUUUUGCUUUUAAACCGAGUUAAUGCUGAGACAAAGUCAAUGCCCUCAACUGAUCUGUACAAGUUCUGGGGCUUCAGUGUUGUUUAUUAGCAUUUCUGACGAUGCCAUUAGGCCUAUGUCAACAAAUACUGUGAAUAAAGGCCAAAUGCAGAACUGCACAUUAUGGCCAGACUCUCUGUAACCGUAUUUUAAUACCCUUGCAACGAGGGGAUUGCAUUGAGUGACCUGGGAUAACAUCAACUUCAGAAGCAGAACUGGAGGCUUGUCUGUGUAUACAAAGGUCUAACAGGUAAUUAAUGCACACAGAGGCUUAACCACCUGGUUUUGUUUCUGUCCCUUGCACCACAGAGGGAGAUUCUCCUCUGACACAGCGCUCGCAUUUAUUUCCCAGCUCAUUCUUUCCCGUCCCAUCAGAAAAACGGUGCUUUCCCAAGGAGAUAAAUUAAAUCCCCCUUUUACUAGGCUGACUGCACACUGCCAUCAAGUGAUGAUUUCUCGUUCUGGGAUCUGUAUCGUGGUGUGUUCCCAUAGCAUCAGGAUGCUGAAUAUUCGCUGUAACUGUAGUCUUUAUUACGAAGCUAGUGAAACCAACAUCUUCUCUACUCAAGCCAUACUUCACCUUCAUGUCCAACUUCUGAUGCUGGUGCUUUUACUUCUCUUUCUACCAAACUGUUCAGCGUUGCUCUGCCACUUGAGGUCAAUUUGCUGAUAACUUUCGGACGGCAAAUGCAAUAUAAAGUGCAAAAAAAACCCACCCCACGUUAAAUCUCAGACUUAUUCCCCGAGAUAAGAGCAAACAGUUGGAACACAUCGAUUUUUGCUUUCCAAUCUUUGCAACAAUCAACUGAAGGAGGAAAAAAGAAACAGUAUUGCUAACAGCUCAGCGUUUUCAAGGUGCAAAGUAAUUCCACAGCCUUAAUUAUUUCAGUGUAUUGCUGGUCUGCCUUAAAUGUAUCUUGAGUUUUAUUGCGGAUUUCAUUUUGUACGCACACAAUGUUGUUUUGUAAAAGUAAGUUUGUAAAUAUUUCCUUUGUAAGUCUAAUCACUCAUGUGUACUGUUGUGAGGUGAUUACUUGCUGUCCCAUGUUGUUAUUACUAUAUUGCAGUAUAUAUGAUCAUCUACAGAUGUAGCUUCAAACUGUACAUCUCCUGUCCUUG